CAUUCCCGGCGAGAGAGAGCGACGAAGACUCAAAAAAAAAAAAAAAAAUGGAAGCAAUGCGUUCUCUUCAGCACUUUCCCUCCUCCGCCAUUCAACGACGGCUCUCUCAGUUUAACAUCCACGAUAAACUUACCAGACCCUCUUCUUGUCUUCCUCUUCGUGCUCAAAAGUCUGGAAUCACUGAAGGUUCCUCUGAUUCGGCAUUGGAGGGUAAAGUAAGUGAUCUCAAGAUUAGUGAACAAGAAGUGGGGAUGUACCAGAAUGAAGUAGUUGAGAGUCAGGGUAUUAGGAUAAGGAGAAGACCACCUACUGGACCUCCAUUGCAUUACGUUGGACCUUUUGAGUUCCGCCUCCAGAACGAGGGUAACACGCCUCGUAAUAUCUUGGAAGAGAUCGUAUGGCACAAGGAUAAAGAAGUUGCUCAGAUGAAAGAGAGGAAGCCUCUUUAUACCUUGAAGAAGGCUCUUGAUAAUGUUCCUCCUGCUAAAGACUUCAUUGGUGCUCUUAGAUCGGCUCAUCAAAGAACGGGGUUGCCUGGUUUAAUAGCUGAGGUUAAGAAAGCUUCUCCAAGCAGAGGCAUCCUUAGAGAGGAUUUUAACCCUGUUGAAAUUGCACAAGCUUAUGAGAAGGGUGGAGCAGCAUGUCUUAGUGUUUUGACAGAUGACAAAUACUUCCAGGUCAUACCGUAA